CGCAAGCAAGGCUUCUCUUCUGGGUCAGCACAGAAACACACUGAGGGAAACAACACUGAGCUUUAAAGGCACAUCACCAAAGCCACAGAGAGGCAUGAGCUUCCUUUCAUUCCAGAUACUCCCAUAGCAUAGCAUGGCACAUUUCUACUAGAAGACAAGCAAAGAGAGGAGAACUGCCAACAGGAAUAUUCCCGCUUCACUCACUUUGUCCGUCUGUCUACAAGUCCUGAACAAUGACGAAGGAGGUGGACAAUCCUGACCUUUCAAGAUCUUCAGUGCAGCAGAUUCCACAUUUUCUCCAAGACGUCGUCUUCCAUGGCAAGUUUGAGCUGCUAAAGGCUCUAACUCCAGUGGAAAACACCCACGGUCAGUGUGGCCUCUACUUUCAAGAUGGUCAGCGGCAUGUGGACUAUGUCCUCACCUACGCUGUGAAGAAGUCAUCUGGGGGACGUUCCAUUCGCCACACAACACAUUUGUUCACUGAAAAUGUUGUUGCCCGCAGCCUGCGACGUAGCCACCAUCCUCAGAAAUCUGCCGACAAAAACUCAUUACCUUCACCAACCCCUGCACUAUCCCACGUGGAGCUCCACUGCCCAGGAGAGACCUUCAACGCCCAAGAGGAUCAGAAAGCUUUCAGGAGGGAGGAGUUUGAGGGAAAACUCAGCGAUAUGGGCCUAGAGCUGGAGAUUGACGAGGAUACCAAAAUUCCAGGGGUGGGCUUUGUGAAAAUCCAUGCUCCAUGGAAUGUUCUCUGUCGAGAAGCAGAGUUUAUGAAGCUAAAGAUGCCCACCAAAAGGGUAUAUGAAGUCAAGAAGUCAAGCGGUGUUAUAGAGAAGAUCAGCUUACUAGUCAGUAAAGUUGUUGAGCCUCUUCAUCCGCAUGUUGAGGGACCCCAACCAAAGAACAUCAAACACCUGUCACACACCUUCUCCAGGGAGAAGCAACACCUGUUUGACCUGUCAGACAAGGAUUCCUUCUUUGACAGUAAAACCAGGAGUUCAAUAGUUUAUGAAAUACUAAAAAGGACUAAAUGCAAGGCCAAGUACAGCAUGGGUAUCACCAGUCUCCUAGGUAGUGGUGUCUAUACAGCAGCUUACCCGCUUCAUGAUGGCGAUAUUGAUGAAGAGAGCGCAGAGCCUAAUGACAGAAAGCUUUUGUAUGAGGAGUGGGCAAAUUACGGCGUCUUCUACAAGUACCAGCCCAUCGGACUUGUACGGAAGUACUUUGGCGAGAAGAUUGGACUGUACUUUGCCUGGCUGGGACUGUACACCCAGAUGCUGAUUCCUGCUUCCCUGGUGGGAGUCAUCGUGUUUCUGUAUGGAUGUGCAACAGUUGAUGACAAUAUACCAAGCAUGGAAAUCUGCCACCCAAAGAACAACAUCACCAUGUGCCCGAUGUGUGACAAAGUCUGCAGCUAUUGGAGACUUAGUUCUGCUUGUGGAACUGCAAGAGCCAGUCACUUGUUCGACAACCCAGCUACUGUUUUCUUCUCUAUAUUCAUGGCUCUUUGGGCUGCCAUGUUCAUGGAGCAUUGGAAGAGGAGACAAAUGAGACUGAAUUAUGAAUGGGACCUGACCGGGUUUGAAGACGAGGAGGAAGCACUCAAGGACCACCCGAGGGCUGAAUAUGAAUUCCAAGUCAUGCAGAAGUCUCUGAGCAGACAUCACAAGACACCGUACAAGAUGGAAAAACUGACAUGUCAAGAUCGCCUCCCUGCCUACAUGACAAAUAUUGUCACAAUGUUGUUAAUGAUCGGUGUAACAUUUGCCAUUGUGUUUGGUGUCAUUCUCUACCGGAUCUCCACAAAAGCUGCUCUACAUAUGAGCGCCAAUCCAAUGACACGGAACCACGUACAACUUACUGUCAAAACCACGGCAGCCAUUAUCAACCUUGUGGUCAUCCUCAUACUGGACGAAGUGUAUGGUGCUGUGGCACGAUGGCUCACGGUUUUAGAGGUUCCAAAAACAGACAAGAAUUUUGAGGAGAGACUCAUCUUUAAGACAUUCAUUCUGAAGUUCGUUAAUGCUUUCACUCCAAUCAUCUACAUUGCUUUCUUCAGGGGAAGACUUGUAGGCCGACCAGGCAGCUAUUUAUACGUGUUUGAAUCCUACCGAAUGGAAGAGUGUACUCAUGGAGGCUGUCUGAUGGAGUUGUGUAUUCAGCUGAGUAUCACCAUGUUGGGAAAGCAGUUAAUUCAGAACAACCUUUUUGAGAUCGGAAUACCCAAGCUAAAGAAGUUUAUUCGCUACAUCCAGUCAAAACAAGGGACCUUUCAAGAGGAAGAACGACAGAAGAAGCUGCAGAGAUAUGAAACUGACCACUUCCUGGAGCCAUUUUCGGGGUUAACACCUGAAUAUAUGGAAAUGAUUAUCCAGUUUGGUUUUGUCACAUUAUUCGUGGCAUCCUUCCCCCUGGCUCCAUUAUUCGCUCUGCUUAACAACAUCAUUGAAAUACGACUUGAUGCCAAGAAGUUUGUGACAGAGUUGCGGAGGCCAGUGACGGCAAGAGCCAAAGACAUUGGUAUAUGGUACAACAUCCUAAGAGGGGUUGCCAAAGUGGCUGUCAUUAUCAAUGCAUUUGUCAUCUCCUUCACUUCAGACUUCAUUCCUCGGAUGGUCUACCAGUACAUGUACAGCCCCGACGGCACCAUGCAUGGAUUUGUCAACCACACUCUCUCCUAUUUUAAUGUCAGCCACUUCCAGGAUGGGAAAGAGCCCAUGGAUCCCCUGCAACUUGGCUUUGCAGUUGAGAUAUGCAGAUACAAAGACUACAGAGAACCCCCUUGGUCGACAACUCCAUAUGAGAUCUCAAAGGAAUUCUGGGCAGUACUCGCUAUUCGGCUUGCCUUUGUAAUUAUUUUUCAGAAUGUUGUCAUGCUGAUGAAUGACCUUGUGGACUGGCUAAUCCCAGACAUCCCCAAAGACAUCAGCCUGCAGAUCCACAAGGAGAAGAUUUUAUUGGUAGAUCUCUUUAUGAAGGAAGAGCAAGUAAAGAGCAUUAACUUGGAGAACAAGGCCUCGACAGGGAACAAGCGCAGCAGGAGCAACAGCACAACAGCCCAGCUACGCUCUGACUCGCAGGCUCUCAGUUAUUAGGACGAGCCAUGAAAUGAAUGGCUUGAAUGGAAGCCAACCUUCAUUUUCCAAGCAUUCCAACAAUUGAGAAGGCAGCUGUCCGAUGUGUGAUGACAGUCGUAGUAACUGGCAGGCGUCCUAUUUAAUUGUAUCAUUAAAUUUGACUAUGCAAUUUCUGCAUUUGCUGCAUGCAUGCAUAUGUGUUACUUGGCACGCUCCAUUUUUAUGUAUGCAAUCGUCGGAAUAAAAUUCCGAAUAGAAUUUGAGAAACAGCAGUGACGUGUGGUGAGACUCAUGUCUGGUGAGGCACGGACUCCUUUGUAGACUGUUUUUAUGUUAACACAGGUUGCUCACUAAGAGGACAACAAGAAAAAGGAGAGAAUAAUUCACUUUUGUUCAAAAUUUUUUGUUAUCAAAUAAUUCUUAGUCCCAUUUGUUUAUUUUAUUAACUGAAAAACAUUUGUGGUUUUAACUUUUAUCUGUAUAGGAAGUACAUGCACCCUAUCCUUCUCCAGGAAAACUUGUGAUACUUUGUUGUAAAAGUCUGAUCACCUUGGCUUGCACGCUAAGCCCGCUCGCUCCCGGCAACCUCAUCUUAGAUUUCUGCCCUGAAUUUCAUCAGAAAAUGUGCAAAUUCAGUCAGAGAAUUUUACGAUUGGAAUCAUACAAAAAAUACAUUUAUAGUACAGUUCAAUGGACUUAUAAUAUUUAUUUUAUGUUAACAUGUGUUUUUGUCUGACAGGCAAAUUGGUGCGGCGUCUGCAGUGAUGCGGACUUUGCAUCCGUCCGUUGUGGUGAGCCGAAAGGCAAAGCUCUCAAUUUACAAGUCGAUCUACGUUCCUACCCUCAUUUAUGGUCAUGAGCUUUGGGUUGUGACCGAAAGGACAAGAGCCUCACCUGCCUCCCCUGACCACACGUCACUGCUAAAGAGGGAUAUGACGUACUUUGUGCCGCCAUAAACUAGGCAGAGAACUUACAAAGGUGAUCUGCAGGUAUUUCAAACAUGAUUCUGUUUUAAUUUCUUAUGAUCCUCUGAAGAGAAAAACAGUGUUUUUAAAGGCAACUCGUAAAUAACAAACAGUGUUUCGGAACUUUGUCCAAACACCUCAACUUGAGCCCUAUACCAUGUUUCUUAAAAAAAAAAAAAAAAAAUCUUCAAAAAAGGAUUUUCACUCUAUCUAAAAGGUCAACAUAGAUCAUGUUGGUUGGAAAAAACAUGUCGAUAUUAAUGGAUUGAUGUAUGGGAUAUUGUACGUACCGUAUGUUUUUUUCCACUGGGUAAGUAAAAACUGUGGAUUUCAUUUUCGUCUUAUGAAAAAACAUUUUAAUUUGGACUUAAAAUCCCCUUUAUGAAGAUGUUGUGGCAUUCCAAAACUCACGAAAUGAUCAAAACAAGAUCUGAUUAUCACCUGUGCAAAGCAUGUUGCUAAUCAACUAAACCAAACUUUUUAGUACAACCUGCAAGAGACAAAAAUCAACAUUUAAGUUUUUAUUUAAUAAGGUGGACAAAAUAAGAUCUCUGUAACAUUUGUAACAACUCACUUGUGCCCUCGAAGAAGCCAGUGGUGUGCAGUCAGGACCAGAAGCACUGACCUGAAUUUUCAAACUUAAAUUGUAUUAUUUGUUCCAUUAAAUUAUCUUAAUUUGUUCCCAAAAGUCUGUUAUCUUCAUUCCGUAGCGUGUUUGUGUUUGGCGUUAGCACUUCUAAUAGAUUUUUUUUAAAGAUUUUUUUUGUCCAAUCAGAUUUCAGCUCCCAUGUGUUGCAUAUCAAUAUAAUCUGCCCAGGGCCUUCAGAAUUAGAAUUGCUGGCCCCUGUCACAUACACACUAUUAGCAAUGAAGCGUUUUUUUUUUUUUUUUGUCAGUCAGACUUCUGAUUCGGCUCUCAAGAGUAGCUUGCAGGCCCCCAGUCCUGACUGGUUGAUCAGAGCAAAGUUGUUCAACAAAACAAGUUACGCCCACAAUGGCUGACUGAAGAGGAGGAAAUUUACAUUGCUGGUGAGUAGAUGCAUUUUAUUUUGAAGGUUUUAUAUUCUUGUCAUGUUAUUAGAUAAUUCAGAUAUCAGAUAAUGUUGUAGUGUAGAUGUUUGGAGUUGUCUGAAUCUUUGAUCCCCGAGACAAUCUAUUUAUGCUCGUUACAUUUGGCUGAGUAACGGCACAUUUCGUUUUUUUUAGCGUCUAGACCACAUUAGACCAGGUGCUGUUGUUCAAAAAACACUGUACCUGGACAUCUCAAGUCUGGACUUGAUUAUGCUGCAGAUCCUGAAGGUUCAUAAAAAAAAAACAGUUUCUGAUUUGUGAAAACUUUAUUCUAUUAGUGAAAAUGCAAUGAAGGCACAUUUGUCUGUGUUUUCAGCAUCUAAUGUGAUACAGUAUAAGAAUGUAUCUUUUAGAGAGAAAGUAUUACUGCUCUUAAGUGCUAAAAAUGUCUUCAAGUACUCAUUAUAAAUAAUUGUGUCUUUCUUUUCUUAGACUUCAGAAUGGAGAAAAAAAGUUGUCAGCGAUGUAGCUGUCCAGAUUUAUGGACAAAGUUAGCAUAGCGAGACAACUGUCAGCUUCAUUGAAAAAUUACAUGCAAAAGCCCAAACGCUGACAGCUAAAAUAUUCAAGGAGAAUAAUGUAAAAAAAAAAAAAAAAAAAAGUGGCUGUACACUGUAUGGCACAGUGACAGAAAGUCAGAGUUUUGUGGAGGCAGACUGAGUGUACCUCUCAAGAUGUUGGGUAAAAAAUGAAGAAAAAAGAUGCACGAUCUGAGACUAAGGGCAGAUUUAGUGCUGUUGUAGAAGACAUUCCUCCGACAUGACAUCAAAAGCAAAGCCCAGGAAUCUGUGAGGAUGAAUAUAAUACCUUGUGUGGACACAGAUUGGAUUGCUGGAGUGAAGUUCAGCAUGAAUCAGAGAAUCAUGUUAGUAAGGAUGAGGAGAAAACAUUGGAAAUGGAGGAAAAGACAGAAAAAACGAAGUUAUGGCUGAAGCCAGUGGAGACAGCGCUGGGACUGACAGCGUUGCGUGUCCUGAUGGCAGCUUUGUCUGUAUUUGUAAACAGCCAAACCAUCCCGAGGAACAAAACGCCCAAUGUAACCUCUGCCAUAACUACUGUAGUUUCAUCCUGUUUGUAUUAAAGAUAUUGCUGCCAUAUCCCCAUGGCACUGUCCUAAAUACUGUACAGUCUGGACACAUGGAACAGGUGAACAGAAGGUUAUCCCUUGAACAAGAAAUUCCAUCCUGCCCCCAAGCGUUUACCUAACGCUGUAAGCCUAACAAGGACUGAAUGGUCCGCAGUUCAGCCAGAUAAAAGACAGGGAUAAAGAGUCUUAAAGAAAGGCUGGACAGAUCUUCUGUGCUGCAAUGCAUACACAAAUUUUGCAGUCUUUCUUUCUUCUUGUCAUCCUGUCAUUCACGGCGAUGGGUUUUUUCAUCUCAUAAGUGAAGUACAGCGUCCGGUGUAGGUCCUCCAGGCUGAGGCUAUAUAUGAGGCUAUAUACUAUAUAAGCACGGUUGUUUUCACGUUUCAUCUUUUCUGUGGGUUUUCAUUUCACAGGACCUGGAUAGGGUUGGCCUGUUUGUUUGAGGCGGAGCAUCAGGCCCUUUUCUUUUGGCUCUUUGCUUCUGUCGUUUAUUCAGUAAUAAACUUUGGUGACUUGAUUUUCCUGCCUCCUGUGUCCUCUUCAAAUGUGUUAAGUUCCCCUGGGUCGUAACAUAUUUAAUUGAGCAGCAUCGGUACUUAGCUACGGUAGGUUAUUAUGGAAGCUUUUGUAAGAAUUGUUCGGCAGUGGCUGUUCCAUUUACCCACCUUUUAAGUCCUAAGGUCCCUUUUAUCUGGAGUAACUCUCAUCAGUCUGCUUUUGAAUAAACAGAGACUGUAUUGCCAAAUGCCACAGUUCUUGCGGCGCCUCGUUUUGACUGCCCUUUUAAAAUUCCGCUUGUGAUUUUGGCGUGGGGGCGUAGGGGUCCUCUUGCAGGAUGGUCCAGACGGUGUGGUGCAAAAAUGGUACUCUACCACUGAAAAAGAGCCAUUAGCACUGCCCGUGGCUCUGGAGCACUUCCAGGUCUACAUGAGUACUUCCAAUGUUCCUGUCAUUGUGCAUACAGAUCAUAACCCGUUGGUUUUUACUGAACAUAUGCGUCAUCUAAUCUGCUGGCUGAUGAAUUGGACUUUGCGCUUAGAAGAAUUCAAUUUCAACAUAUCCGGGGCAAAAAAAAUGUCACUGCAGAUGCUCUUAAUGUAUUAUUAUUAUUAUUAAUUAUGAAUUGCAAUACAAAUUUGAUGUGAUCUGUUCCGUAUUUAUUUAUUUACUCUCUUCUUAUUCUAUUUUCUUAUUUUUCUUAUCUUUCAUGUCUUGCCUUGGUUGUUUUAUUUUGUGAUUGAUCACUAUGAGCACAGUUUUUUUCAUGUUUGAUCUUUUUUGUGGGUUUUGUGUUUUUUGCAGGAAGCAGCUGAGGUUUGUCCCGCCCUCUCUGGGGCAUAUAAAGGUGUGCAGGUGUGCUUUCCUGAAGUUUCUAGUUUCGUGUUUUGUCCUGGUGUGACCGACUGUCCUGUUUUUGGUUUUGCUUUGUUUAGGGUUUAAGGGUUUAGCAGCGAGGUGACUGGACGACAGCCCUGUACAUUGUUGGCCUGUUCACCUCACCGUCCUUUUGUUUGUUUGGGCCGGCGCAUUAGGACCUUUUUUCAUUUCUUUUUUUUGUUUAUUCAGUAAUAAACUUCGGUGCCUCCAUUUUCCUGUCACCAAAGGGUGACGGGAAUAUUUCCUCAGAGCUGGAGCUGUUGCUCGGUCUGUUUGUUCUUUAGUUGAUCCGGUUUUGGCGGUCGGCUGCUUCAUUUCCUGCUCUGCCGCAGUGAGAGGGGAUCCACUGUAGCUGGUUGUUUCUUUGAAGUCCAACAAAAAUCAAAUCCAGUCAAAGUCGAAAAAAUUGAAAUGCAUAUUGGAGGGGUAAGGCUGUGUGUAAAUUUGCCGGUUGCACAACUUGCUUCCUAUUUUUGGAGGAAGCCCCAAAUCAUACCAAUGGUGAUAUACCUGUUCAUUUAAAAGCCCAGGGAAAAGUCAUCACAGUUGCCACCAACAACAUGGCAGACACUCAGAGGACGUGGGCUUGGCAAAUGUUCACUCGUGUUGGUCCACACAAAACAACUGGCAUCCCUGGAUGGAGAAAAAAAUCUCACAGGGAAUCUUAAUGACGUUAUGUCUGUCCCAGUCUUGCAAGACAAAUCUUGCUCAUGGUUUAGACAGUGAUGCAUUCCUGGAGUGUUUAAAAAUUCAAGAAAAGCAGGAUGUGGAAAAACCUCCAAGCUCCAAGUUAAAACACGGUAGCAUUCACUAAGUUGGAAUGUCCGUUCAGUUAUUCUGAAUGACGGGUGUAUGGUCUUCACCAACAGCAGGAUUGUCUGUUAUAUGCGGAUGCAACUGGUAGCGUCAUCAUCCCCCCAGCCAGUCAGUACGAUAGUAUGCACUUGGCACAGCAUGCCAGCCCGCAACCCAAACAGUGGUUCCAGUGGUAGAAACGCUGACGUCAGACCAAACCACUGCCGCAAUUCUACACUGGAAUCCAAACAGACCUCAGUUGGGCCAUGAUCCACAUCGCUGUUCGGGCAUUCAACACAGUCAUCAUUCAGCAACACUUAGGACUUUGUUUUCAGGUGUGCCAAGAGCAACUCACAGUGCAAACAAGUGUGAUCCACGUCUGUGCUGCUCACAUGCUUAAGCAUGAAAUUGAGCAUUUUUUUCCUGUACAAUUUUGCCCUCCUCCAAAAUGCCACAGAUUUUUGGAUGAUCCUGUCAAUUAUAAAGUCCUUUUGUUUGUUUUAUCAUCAAGGACCUCUUAGGUUCCUCGUAGGGGUGCUGGUCCCUACUGGCUGUUCCAGUCUGUAGUGGACUAAUUGGGUGACUUGGAGCAUUUAUUUAAAAUAAACCCCAAAUAAACUAAACCCCAAAUAUGCAUUAAUGGUACUGUUGGAGAUAAAAUUCUCCACAACCUACUAAAGGUCAAAGGACCACUUUAGAAAAUGUAUUAAGCCAAUUUCCCCUCCCCCUUACGUGUUUGUUAAUCUUCAGUUAUGAAAAUUCAGUUUAAGAAUUGUAUUGAAGAUGAACCAGACACAAUAUUUUAACAGUUUCCAGACCUCCGCACCCUGUUUCAUCCACCGCAUUCCUGGUCCUCCACGUCAGCUGAAUGAGAGAGGGUCCCGAACUUUCGCCUCGUCCGCCUUUUUAUGAUUGUUUUUCUCAGACCAUUGGCGCCAAUCUCUCCAAAAUAACUUUCCCUCGGAUUCCUUGACGAAGCUUGUGUGAGGCCAGCAGCUGAGUUGCUUACACUUAGCUAGCAUAAACAAGACAUUCUUUUCCCCAGUAUAUCUCGAGUCUUCUGAGAUAGACUGUGCUUCCCUAGCUGGCUGCUGGUCCCGGCUGGCCUUCACUAUGUGUGAGCUCCCACUACGACUACAAGUUAACCUUUGACGCACUUAAACAGAUGUUCAUCUACCCAGCUAAUUAUUUCAUAAAAGUACUUGUAAUCACUCACUCAGUAAAUCAUACAACAGUUAUAUUUAUACUGAACUGAUAUUAAGGCACUCAACUAAUAAUUCAAUCAAUGCAAACAGUUAUUCUAAAAUCUACUUGUAUAUGUUACUUAGUAAAACCACUCAGUAAAUUAUUUUUUGCCUACAGUACGUACAAUUGGAUAAUUAAAAUGAUCAUUUACGUAUGCCACUUGCCUGCACAGUUUACGCACGGGAACAGAUAUCAUUUCUUCUUGUCAGCAAUUUUUCAGCAGCUAACAACAUGCACAUGCCAACCUUUUUAGAUUGUUUAACCACCAGAAGAAAUACAAAAAUACUUUAUUUCUUUAUUGACGUACUUGGAGUGUCUGUACUCAGUACAGCUUACAUCCAUGCUUUUUACCUUACCAAUAAUUUCUUUAAACAUUUAUCUUCAAAUUUUAAAUUGCAAGUAUGCAAUAGGCCACUUCUGAUGUGCUACAAAUUGUCAUUUAAUAAAGCAACAUUAUCUGGUUUUGCAAUCAAACGCUAAGGAUCAACACAACAUGAAGUAAUGACAUACUAACUUCAUACCACGAAAAAAAUACAUUAAAAAAAUGACUGUGCCUGAGUUUGUAGCCUGCUGCAAGUAAGUACCAGAGGGACGAAGACACUCGUAUGCAAAUCACAUAUGAAUUCCGUCGUCGGCAUGUAGCGGGGACAGCCAAGGUUCUCCGGCACCUCAAGAUUGGAAUGCGUUGCUUUUUAGCCUCUUUUGUUUUGCUCUAGGAGAAAUAGAAAAUACACUUUGUGAUUUCAACAAAGAGCAAGAAGACCCACGCCGCUUUUCCUUCCGUUGAUUGAUGGCUUACCUUUGUUUCUCACUAGUGCUGUAUUCUCUCGCAAAUUGAUGAGGUGUGGGAGGUUGGUUGGGGGCAGAGGAGAGCUUAAUGUUUGUGUGUGAGUUGUACAGGAGUCCUUCACUGCUGAGCUCUGCUGGCUUUUUCCUCAGUUGGCUGUAGGAGGAGUACAACUCUUCUUCGGCGUUCUGAGAGGCACGAGAAGGGAGAUUAUCACACCAUUAUUAAUAUUUAAAUCUAUUAGACAUAGGAUGGUCAGGGUUCCUACACAAGUAUGGGAAAGUAUGGAAUUAGAUCUGAUACAUUUCCAGGUCUGGAAAAGUACGGAAAAUGGAAAACUCACGCAUGGAAAAAUAUUCGUUUCCAAGACUGUUACCACUGUUGUGUUUUCUAAAAGAUAAAAUGAAGAAUAACUAAAACAAAUGGAUGGAUCUGCUGGGGCAGCUAAGGCCCUUCCCACACAGGAAGGUUCCUGAGAUUGUAAUUUUUUUUGGUGGGUUGCCUAAAACACAAAGAUAAUAGCUCUUCUUUCAUGGAUCACUAAGGAAAUGUCAAAAU